AUGUACAGGAUCUUAAUUUUAAAAUUUAGUCGAUUUGUGUCACAUGUCUGUAUGAAAACAUUAAUGAAUGAUUUCAAAAUGAAUAUUUUACUUCUAUUGAAAAUAUUGUUUGGUAAUGGUGAUAUACAAUGGUGCUUCUCUCAAGUAAAAGGAACUCUAAACAAUGACGUUCCUGAAGCCGACAUUAUCUCAUGUGUAGAAUUUAAUCACGACGGGGAAUUGUUGGCCACGGGGGACAAAGGAGGUCGUGUGGUCAUAUUCCAAAGAGAUCCCCUUAGUAAAACAUCCAUACCGCGUCGGGGAGAAUACAACGUUUACUCGACUUUUCAAUCUCACGAACCGGAAUUCGAUUAUUUAAAAUCGUUAGAGAUAGAAGAAAAAAUCAAUAAAAUACGUUGGCUCAAACGGAAAAACCAAGCUCACUUCCUCCUCUCGACAAACGAUAAAACGAUUAAGCUAUGGAAAGUGUCCGAAAGAGACAAAAGAGUCGACGGUUACAAUACCAAAGAUGAUAACGGAAGUCUCAAGGAUCCGGCCCUUGUUAAAUCUCUUAGGGUGCCCACCAUCAAACCAAUGGAAUUAAUGGUGGAAGCGAGUCCUAGAAGAAUAUUUGCCAAUGCUCACACGUAUCAUAUUAAUUCAAUAAGUGUUAAUUCCGAUCAAGAAACUUAUCUCUCAGCAGAUGACUUAAGAAUCAAUUUAUGGCAUUUAGAAAUAACAGAUCAAAGUUUUAAUAUUGUCGAUAUAAAACCAACAAAUAUGGAAGAACUUACAGAGGUUAUAACCGCUGCUGAAUUCCAUCCAAUAGAAUGUAAUUUAUUUGUAUACAGUAGUAGUAAAGGUACAAUAAGAUUAUGCGAUAUGAGGGCCGCUGCUCUUUGCGACAGACAUUCAAAAAUGUUCGAAGAGCCCGAGGAUCCAGCCUACCGUAGUUUUUUUUCAGAAAUCAUUUCAAGUAUAUCAGACGUAAAAUUAUCAAAUUCAGGGCGGUAUAUGAUAUCUAGAGAUUAUUUAUCGGUUAAAGUUUGGGAUCUUCACAUGGAAACGAAACCAAUAGAAUACUAUCCAGUACACGAAUACCUUCGGUCAAAGUUGUGUUCCCUUUACGAAAACGAUUGCAUUUUUGAUAAGUUUGAAUGUUGUUGGAACGGAAACGAUACGGCCAUCAUGACCGGAUCGUAUAAUAAUUUCUUCCGCAUGUUAGAUAGGACAACAAAACGUGAUGUAACUUUGGAGGCCUCGAGAGACGUAGCGAAACCUAAAAUGGUUCUUAAGCCUAGGAAAGUUUGUUCGGGCGGCAAGAGAAAAAAAGACGAAAUGAGCGUAGACUGUUUAGAUUUCAACAAAAAAAUACUCCCCCCCGCGUGGCAUCCUAAAGAAAAUAUAAUUCCCGUAGCCGCAACGAAUAAUUUUUUUUUUUUCCAAGAAAAAUUUUAG